AUGAAGCCGAGACAUUCACAGACGAACAAAGCGGCUAUCCAAGUCAUCUGUCUUGGCUCGGGAGGAGGACCCAGCGAAGACAAUGUGACGGGACUGCUGGUGCGGUCGACGGCCACAGAUUGGGCUCGUGGCUCGCUGCUGGCCGUCGAUGCCGGCUCACAUCUCGCAGCCAUCACCCGCAUCUUUGAGAAGAACCUCCCCAAUCAGGCACCCGCUCCCGAAUUGCCUUCUCAGCACAUGGACACAGAUGCCUUGUCAUCUCCUACUUCGUCGCCAUCGACUAGAAAUCCUAUACACCCAAAAACGCUCCCGGAACCUAUCGUCCUCGACAAUGGCCCCUUUGCUGGUCUAUCUCUCCCCCAUGCCUCAGCGCGCGCCAAUGCUGCCCACGUUGUACGGGCCCACGUCUCGACCUACUUGAUUACACACCCUCACCUCGAUCAUCUCUCGGGCUUUGCCAUCAACACAGCUGCUUUCCAUGCUACAUCGCGACCCAAGAGGCUAGCAGCCCUACCUUUCACUGUCGAAGCUAUCAAGAGGCACAUCUUCAACGACGUCAUAUGGCCCAAUCUGACAGACGAGGACGGAGGCGUUGGCUUUGUUAGCUUCCAACGCUUGAGAGAAGGCGGAGAUAUCAUGGUUGGUACGGGAGAGGGCAGGGGAUACAUCGAGGUGUGCGAUGGCCUUGGAGUCAAAGGCUUCAAAGUCAGCCACGGCAACUGUAUGAAGGAACCUCAGCCAACUCGCUCUCAGCGAGGCUCACUGGGCAGCAUUUCGGAACCGGAUCACUCUGCGUUUAGGGGAUCAGAUUACCGGAAUCUGUCGAUACCGCACGUUUUUGGAACACCAGGCGAACAAACCCCAGGACACAGCUACUACUCUCCCGGCCCGCCAGGAAGGAGUUUUACCAGUGAUCCAACGCCACAACACUCGGUAGUGGACAGCACCGCCUUCUUCAUUCGGGAUUACGACACGUCUAAAGAGGUAUUGAUUUUUGGCGACGUUGAACCCGACAGCAUCUCUCGUGUCCCACGUCUGGCCGGCAUAUGGGCAGAGGCGGCACCAAAGAUAGCCGAAGGCAUACUCGGAGGCAUCUUUAUCGAGUGCUCCUACGACGACAGUCAGCCAGAUGCCGUACUUUUUGGCCAUCUUGCACCGCGGCAUGUUGUUGCUGAGAUGAAGAUACUUGCACAGAUGGUAAAAGACGAGAAGGCUGCCAGAGCUUUGGAUAGAGCCCAACGGAAACGGAAGCGGAGCUCGAAUGGCUUGAACAUAACGAUGGACGAUCUAUCCGAUAAUAAGAAACGGAACAAGAGUGUCAUCACGCGGUCAUCGAGCAUGCAGCCUCGACGCAGCAGUCUUCCUCUGAUGGUACCGGAGGAAGAAUCGCAAGCAAACACACCUGAUUACGCGGGCACAGAGAGAAACACGCCUGUACCAGCGGAUGCACCACUUGAGGGCGUCAAAGUGGUCAUGAUCCACAUCAAGGACACGAUGGAAGAUGGGCCACAUGUAGGCGAGCGGAUUCUAAUGCAACUCAAGGAGCAUGCUGAUGCUCUUGAAGUCGAGGGAUUUGGCAAGCUCGGAUGCGAGUUUGUGAUUAGCAAGAGCGGAGAAGACUAUCAUUUCUAG